GUUGUGAGAGAGCUGAAAGAGCAAGCCGAGCAGCCACAGUGAUUUUUUGAAAGUCCUUUUUUUCCUCCUUAAUUUAAUUUUUCUACCCUCGUGCCUGGAUUUUGAAACUGUCAGCUGCACUGAUCACAAGCACUGGACAUCAAUAUGUGUCAUGUCAUUGUAACGUGUCGGUCGAUGCUGUGGACUCUCCUGAGUAUCGUGGUGGCUUUUGCAGAGCUCAUUGCUUUCAUGAGUGCAGACUGGCUGGUUGGCAAAGCGAAGCCUUCGAGCUCCGAGGAUGUGGACAACAGAACGGGAGGGUCGCAGGAGCCUUACCAUCCGACGUUGGGCAUCUAUGGGCGCUGCACCAGAAUCUCCCACAUGCAGCUUUCUAGACGAGACACGCUUUGUGGUCCUUAUGCCGAAAACUUCAAUGAGAUUGCCAGCGGAUUCUGGCAGGCAACCGCUAUUUUCCUAGCUGUGGGAAUCAUGAUUCUCUGUGCCGUCGCAUUUGUGUCUGUCUUUACUAUGUGCGUGCAGAGUAUUAUGAAGAAAAGCAUUUUUAAUGUCUGUGGGCUGCUACAAGGGAUUGCAG